AUGACGCCUGAUGAUCGUGGGCCUGAGUUGGCCGUCAUCGUCGGGGUGUUUCUCGGACUGUCGUUCAUCACGGUAGCUCUUCGUUGCUAUGUCCGGGUUUGUAUUCUAAAGGCUUUUCAAAUUGAGGACGGGCUAGCAGUUGCUGCAAUGGGUUGCUUCAUAUUGUAUUGCACGGCCGUCAUGCUCAGUAUUAUUCGCGGCGCAGGCCAGUAUAUACACGACAUCCCUCCUGAGAAUAUCCACAAGAUCCUCAAGAUGAGAUGGUUGGGAGAAAUAGUAUACGUCGUGACGUCGCUCUUAGUGAAAUUUACUGCCGGGAUUUUCCUCUUGCGCAUCUGCUCGCGGGCGUGGCAGAAAAGGGUCAUCUGCACCGUGCUGUUCUUAUGUCUCUUCUACCACCUGUUCUACGUCUUCAUGGCUGCGUUCCAAUGCCGGCCAGUGUCGUACUUCUGGUUUAGGUAUACGGCCAACAUGGAGGGCAAAUGUUGGAGCAACGACGUGAUCAUAGGGUGCACGUACGCAGCGGCCGGCAUAAACGCUUUUACGGACUGGGUGCUUGGAUUACUACCCAUCGCUCUUGUGCAGAAUCUGGAGUUGUCGAAGAGGUCGAAGAUCUUGGUUUCUUGUGCCUUGGCGCUGGGAUCGGUCGCAUCAGCCGCAACCAUCGUCCGCAUCCCAUACAUAUGGCAGCUGACGCAACCUGGAGACUUCAUCCACGACUUCACGGACCUGUCGAUCUGGUCCACGACAGAAAACGGCCUGGGCAUAAUCGCGUCGUCGAUCGCCACGCUCCGGCCGCUCGUCCGAGUCGUGCUCGGCAGCACGCGUGUAGGGACGGCGUCGCGGGGACCCCGCUCGUGGAGGAGAUCGGGGGGCCCCGACGCGGCGCAGAACAAUAGUCGUCGGCAGUAUUACAGGAUGGAAGAAGGCUAUCGCGAUAGUGGUACUAAGGCACCGGGGCGAGUGAGGAUACGGGACAAGGAAGGGGUCUGA